AUUACGACAAUCAUCACUCCCAUCCGCCUCUCAUCACAACUCUCAUUCGCAUUUCUUGCAUUUUGUAUUUUGCAUAAUCUUUAUUCCUACAUUUCACGCUUUCAAAAAAAAAAAGAAUUAUCUGCACAUAUCCUCUCCCUUCCAUAUUUUCAACACUUUUCUUUGGACUUUUUUUUUUAAAUCGACUUGCAAUUUAUAUAGUUCAUCUCGUUUAUUGACUUUUAGCAGCAAAAAUCUCACUUUUUUACUUUACUUCAUAUACUCAACUUUACAGCUCUACAGCUCAAACUCUAUAAACUAACCUUGGUUUUUUCUUUUCACUUUUCACUUUUCAAAUUUAACUGCCGCAAUCUAUAUACUUGGCUCUAGGACAAAACAAAAUUUUACUUUUUUACUUGAAUUUACCUCUCAUCUUUUUCUCACUCGCCCUCAGUUUUAAGAAGAAUCAUUUUUCAUUUUUUUUACUUGACGUUAUCUCACUUAACUUUUUCACACACACACAUUCACUCACUCUCUCUCUCUCUCUCGGUUUUAAGACAUAAAUCAGUUUUCAUCUUUACCUGACUUCUUUAUCUUACUGAAUUAGUUAUCUAUCUUUUUCUCAGAUUUUAAACACCAGCGCCCAAAAUCUAUAUCCCUCAUCUCACUUCAUUUCAUUCCAUAUAUCAAUCCGUUUUGAAAACAUUAAAACAAUAGCUUCAACUCUCUAUUGUUUACAUUUUUUGCACUUAUCCCUACACGUUUUUACCUUACCCUACAUUACUUUUCAAACUUUAAAAACAGCAACCUUGUAGCUUCACUCAUUUAUAACCUUUUAUCUUCAGCCCUUUCAACUUUAUCUUAUUUUUACACUUGCUUGUCUCUGAAACACCACAUCAAUUUGUACACAUCCUAAACUUACCAAUAAUGUUUAACUUCAACUCGUUCAUAAUAUUACUAAUGUUCAUGUUUGGUUUUGCUUAUGCACUUCCCACUGACUACGAGCCUCCUAUAAUAACAAAUCAGUUCUCCAGACGCCAAAUGUCUGACGACACCCGCGACAAUUACCUGAUGGCACUUGUAGGACUUGUCGGCGCUUUAGUGGCCUUCAAAGUUGCGCGAUUCUUAUUAGCAUUAUUAAAUUACUUUACUUGCUAGAUCAAAUGAAGUAAAUAGUAUUGUUUUUUAUAUAUUUUUGUUUUUUUACAUAGAAAAUAAAGUUUUCUUUCAUGUUUAAAAUUUAUAAAAAAAAGUUUU